GUCAAUAUGUAGCAACUGCGCCGCUUGUUUGUAAGCGAGCCCUCAAAUCGCAACAUUGAUAUUCACUUACUGGGUAGCUUAUCUGCCUGGCAUUUAAGGGUAGUGUACAUGUAUUCCCGUUUACAUAUGCGAAGACGGAUUAACGCUGUGAGGACAAUUUCAACGCCGAUGACCGUCAGUUGUGUUGUGGAUACGAUAUUGAGAUAAACUGGACUGGACCACAUUCCAAGUUUCUGGCCUUCCUGCCUUUGCCUACAGUAGGAAGUUUAUUGCCUGUUGUGGGCUGUGCAAGUUUGUUCCUCACCAGUGAUUCCUUAUGCUUGAUAGAAGCUGCACCCUGUGUCUGACAGGAUGGAUGGUGUGGACUUAAAGAGACUUGUGUGUCAACAUCAGCACUCUGUGUUCUGCUGUGGUGUUCAAUCUUAUACCAUUUACAAGAGAACACCUCCCAUCCUACACCUUCAAACUCUGCACGAUAUAUAUAAAGACCGUCUUUGAGCAAUAAAAAAGACAGCUGGAGAUAGAAGUUGUAAGAUUUUCUAUCUUUUUUCUUUUUAAGGCACAGAUCGAUACUGCUUAUAUAAGCCUAUAUGGCAGACAUGGGAGUAUCCUUAUUUUAAUUUUUUCAGUUAGCGUACCCCCUUACUCCUUGUGUGGGUGGUGGGAUGUCGGAAAAGCCAGACGACAAAAUGGUGAAGUUCCUGGCUCCCCCUCAGAAGAGUGGAAAUGGCCCCAGUUCUGGUUCAGAUUCGAUGGUAAGCGAGUGCAGGCCAACGGAAGUGAGACGCCGCCAUCACACCAUGGAGCGUGAUCGAUGUAACCCUGAACACCGUUUCCUGCGCCGCAGUGUCAUCAGUGAUUCCAAUGCUACAGCAUUGGCCCUCCCUUUGCCCAGCAAGAUCCCCGUCCCUGCACCUCAACGGGUUCAACCACGAGAAGCCGUCCCCCAGCGGCAACAGACUACCGCUGCUCAUUUGCCGCGGGCUGAACCGAGUUUAGCUCGUAAAAAGUCUGCUGAAAGUGGAAGAGGAGGACAAGAGAGACAAGAAGUAGCUAAGGUGGAUGUUGUGCCUUCAGAGCAGGAACCUGCCAAUGUACAAGAUACCUGCGAUGGCGAGGUGGUGGUAGCAGCUCGCGCCGCACCAGGCUUAGGAGCAGAAUUGCCAAGUCAAACAGAACCUGAAGGCACUGCUGAGGUGAAGGCACAUCAUGAAGAAGAGGGGGAGGAAGAGGAUAAGGAUUCUGCCAAGGCACGAGCGGAGGCAGAGCAGAGAGAAGCGGAGAAAAAAGUGCAAGAUGACAUCGAGGAGGCAGAGACCAAAGCAGUGGGAACAUCACCUGAUGGGCGUUUCCUGAAGUUUGAUAUAGAAAUUGGACGUGGCUCCUUCAAGACUGUCUACAAGGGCUUGGACACUGAGACCACAGUGGAGGUGGCUUGGUGUGAGCUGCAGGAUCGUAAGCUGUCAAAGACAGAGAGGCAACGCUUUAAGGAGGAAGCUGGGAUGUUAAAGGGACUACAGCAUCCCAACAUUGUCCGCUUUUACGACUCCUGGGAGGGACCCUCCAAAGGCAGGAAGUGCAUUGUACUGGUCACUGAACUCAUGACCUCUGGCACACUCAAAACAUAUCUGAAGCGGUUCAAGGUGAUGAAAAUUAAAGUGCUGCGCAGCUGGUGUAGACAAAUCCUCAAGGGGCUCCACUUCCUUCAUACUCGGGCUCCCCCCAUCAUCCACAGGGACCUUAAGUGCGACAAUAUUUUCAUCACAGGCCCAACAGGAUCCGUCAAGAUUGGAGACCUGGGACUGGCCACACUCAAGCGCGCAUCAUUCGCGAAGAGUGUUAUAGGUACCCCUGAGUUCAUGGCGCCUGAGAUGUAUGAGGAGAAGUACGACGAGUCAGUGGAUGUGUAUGCCUUUGGAAUGUGCAUGCUGGAGAUGGCCACCUCAGAGUACCCGUACUCAGAGUGCCAGAAUGCUGCACAGAUCUACCGCAGAGUUACCAGCGGGGUGAAGCCGGGCAGCUUCGACAAGGUGGCCAUUCCUGAAGUGAAGGAGAUCAUCGAGGGAUGUAUUCGCCAGAACAAGGACGAGAGGUACUCGAUCAAGGACCUUUUGAACCAUGCCUUCUUCCAGGAGGACACAGGGGUGCGAGUGGAGUUGGCAGAAGAAGACGAUGGAGAGAUGGAGGCUAUUAAGCUGUGGCUGAGAAUUGAGGAUGUAAAGAAACUCAAGGGGAAGUACAAAGACAACGAAGCUAUUGAGUUCUCUUUUGACCUCAACAAAGACGUCCCAGAGGAUGUGGCUCAGGAAAUGGUUGAGUCUGGUUACGUGUAUGAAGGUGACCACAAGACCAUUGCGAAGGCCAUAAAGGACAGGGUGUCUCUAAUCAGUCGCAAGAGAGCACAGCGGCAGCAGGUCAGAGAAGAUCAAGAGAAGAGAAGGAUUGAAGAAGAACAGCAGAGUCAGUUACUGCCAGCUCAGCAACCAGGCCAACAGUCAAGCACGGAGGUGUCUCAGUCCCAGCCGGUGCCACAGCCUGCCCCUUAUGUCCCUCCACAACCAAACCAACACAGCACACAGAUGUCUGCCCAGCCUGCAUCUCAGCAGAGCCUUCAGAGCUCUAACUACAGCACUCCUCAAUCAACCCAGCUGACCGGCAUGGCACAGGGGGUCCCUUAUGUCCCCCAGUCAACUGGGCAAGUCCCAGUUCCAGUUCAGCCAGAGUCAGAGGCGCCUGAGACUGACCAACACCAACAACUCCAGCACACCGGAGGAGUCAGUCACAUGGGUGACCGAAUACCUGGUUCCACCAUCCCUCCUGAGGUCCAGCCUCCUCAGCCCGGAGUGUCCUACAGCUCUCCUCCCAGUCAGCACCUUCAGCCCCAGGUGUCGUGCCCACAGACACAAAAUGACCAAACGCAACAGCAGCAGUUGUCAGUGGUUCAACCCCAGCUGCCCGGUGUCCAGCCUGAAGUUGUUCCUGUUGCACCGAGCAGCCAGACUGUUCCAGUAGCUCCUCCACAGUACGGAGUUUACUACCAACCAUCGCUUCCCCCUCAGAUUUCCUCUCAGCAAGUGAUGAUUCCCCCGUCCUCUCAGUCAUCUCCGCCCCAACAGCAGCAGCAGCCAGAGAGCAGCAUCUGUCUCCCAAGCUCGACUCUACCGCAGGCACAGACCGGAGUUCAGCAGCUACAGGCCCCUGUGAGUGUUCCUCAGUCAACACCAGUGGAGCAGCAAGGAUCCUCCGCUCUGGUUCCACCAACUGUAGAAAGCUGCCUGUCAGAUGCAGCCUCAGGUCUUAGUGACGGUAAUGAUGGAAGUUCUACAUCAGGAGGUCGCCAUGAGGGGCGCUCACUGAAACGUCACCAGCGGCGAUCUGUGCGCAGCCGCUCCCGCCACGAGAAAAUCGGAAAGGCCAAGCUAAAUGUUCUGAGUAUCUCUAAUGUGGGCGACAGAGUAGCAGAGUGCCAGCUGGAAACACACAACAGGAAGAUGGUGACCUUCAGAUUUGACCUUGAUGGUGAUAAUCCGGAGGAGAUUGCACAGAUCAUGGUUGAGAGUGAGUUCAUCUUGGAGAGUGAGCGGGAGUCCUUCAUCGAGCAAAUCCGUGAAGUCAUUGAAAUGGCUGAUGAGAAGGGAGAGGGCAUGAAGGAAGGCUUUCCUCAGAUGAGUGAUCACCAGCAACAGCCGGAGCUGUCUGUUCCCAUGCUGCCAGGCAUUUCCCCGAGCACUACGGCACAGGUUGUGCAUUCGGCAGGACGAAGGUUCAUAGUCAGCCCCGUGCCAGAGUCUCGUCUGAAGGAACAGUUCUUUGGCGCUUCUUCUGCUAAUACCUCCUUUGGAGAUGAACCAGCUCCCUCCACACCUUUGGGUCUUUCUUUGUCUGCUCCAUCUGGGACUCUCCAGCAGGCGUUCAGUAAAAUGAAGCAGGCUCGCAUGGAGAGAGGCAGCACUCUGGAUCCCUCUACUGCUGAGCAAGAGCCGCGCCCUGUCCCGGCAGCUGAGGCUGGACUUGGACAGAGCUCCAACAAUGUCCUGGCUCCUCCAGAAACUUCCACUGCUAGCACGACUUUCCCUGGUGUGCCUCUCACAUCUACUGCAACAUCCUCACCUCCUCCCUCAACUGGAAGGGUUUCCCCUCAACCUGUAUCCACUCAGUCCCAAACUCCAGCUCCUGUCACCACUGAUCCCAGUCCACCUUCUCAGUCGACACAUGAAACAGCCCCCUCGCAGCUCCCACCUGCUGCCAACAUCCCACCCACAUCUUCCAACAUUUCUCCCCCAUCAGUGCAGACCUCCGUCCCUGCAGCACCCGGGCCUCAGCUGAGCAGCAGCUCCGUCUCUUCUGUCGCUGCUGUUACACCCAGUAGUACUGGCACUGUCCCUGCUCCAGAGCAGCAGCCCUUUACUGGUGCUGUUACGUCCUCUCAGCCUGUGAAUUCGUCCAUCCAUGCACCACAGCACACACCCUCCCAGUCUCAGCCUGUCCCCAUUUCUGCUCAGCCUCCUCCUCCCGCCUCGUUACCCAGUCAGAGCCAGGUCCAACCUCAGCCGGUGGAGUCAGAGGGAGCUGAGCCCCAGAACAAGACGGCUGGCAGAGAUGAUAUCCAGGCUCUAGAUAAGAAGCUACGGUCCCUCUUUAAAGAUCAGAGCUCCUCCUCUGCAUCAGUGGAUCAGAGCACAGGCACCUCCUCUCCUCCCACUGGGACUUCUUCUCCUCCACCUGGAGCUGCCAUGGUGCCUCCAUCCAACCUCCCCCUCACCUCUGGGGUGCAGGGUGUCCUGGGCCCCACAACUACCCCAGGACAGGGAAUUACCCCGGCAGGACAGACGCCUCCCACUAAGCCCAGGGCACAGACUUUGCCUACUGGUUUUGAUCAAGCUGCUACACCUCCCUCUGAACUUGUACCCCCAUUUCCAGGACCAAAUCAGUCACAGCAACCGCUGGGUAAUUUGGACGCCCAGUUGAGGAGGGCUCUGAGCCCAGAGACCGUUCAGGGAGGAAACAGAGUCCAGCCUCCAGCAGCAGGUUUCACUCUGGGACGAUUCCAAGUGUCUGUUGCCACUGAUGGCACGUCCAGCAGCGUCCCAGAUCCCUCAAGUAUUGUUUCCUCAUCUUCCCUUACGCCAUCCUCUACCUCCUCCUCCUCUUCUUCUUCCUCCUCCUCCUCCUCCUCCUCCUCCUCCCCCUCAAGUCCAGAAAAUACCCUCCACCGGUCAUCCGCUCUGUCCAAAGGAGUCUGUGAAACUGACGCUGUGAAUGGAGCCUCCUCUCUCUCUGCUGCUCCUGCCAGUCAGCCCACCACCAUUGGGCGCUUCCAAGUGUCCACGAGCACUAAUGCCACGUCUGAGCCAACAACUGGCUCUAAAGUGGGACGUUUCUCCGUCACAGUGACCCCGGCUCCAGCAGCAGGCUCCAGUCCAACACAUGGUUCCAGUAUGCAGAACGGGCCCUCGUCCUCAUCUGAGCCUCAUAAAGCUCACACCCACUACAGCAGUGACAACGAUGACGACUCUGAGACUGAGGACGAAGCUUUGCAGAAAGAAAUUAGCCGCCUCAGAGAGAAACACAUGAUGGAGAUCCAGCUUCUGCAGAGUCGUCAGAAAGAGGAGAUAGAGGCCCUGUUCAUGAAGAUGGGAAAACCUCCUCCUCCCUCUGUCUUGUCCCCUGCUGUGGCGAUGGCCGGAGGUCGACGAAGGCUCAAAAGCAAAAACCACAAAUCUGCUCGCAGUAGUGGACAGCCCAGCCCCGUACACUCGGGUAAGGAGGGAUCUCCAGCCUCAGCUCUGGGUCUUCACAGCUCACAGUCCCCUCCAAAGCAAAGUUCACCCUCCGCAACAGAGGCCUCAGAAACGGCAACAAAAGCAUCACACGCAGCUGACAUGUUGUCCAUAAAGCAGCUUAGAUCCUCUCCAUCCAUGCCCAGCCUCGGCAGCUGCUCCGCGGGAUCAAGUGGGACCGGCUCCACAAAUGGUUCCGGCCUCUGCCAGAACCACUCUGCGUCCCUGAUGCAGGCGACUGGACCCUCUCCUCCUUCCUCUCACACGCAGAAGGGCAAGGGCACCUUCACUGAUGACCUGCACCAACUGGUGGAUAACUGGGCCAGGGACGCCAUCAACCUCUCCCAGUGCAAGAGAGGUCCUAAAACUGGAGCGCCAGCACCACUGGGACAUGAUAUUGCCCCUCCAGCCAACAUGGGCCGUAAAUUCUCAGCUCCAGCCUACCUCUGCCCAACACUUCCCACACCAUCCACCACCACGUCCACCACGUCCACUCACCUCCCCAACCCAGCCAAUCCCUCCGUCCCUUUGGGGCCUCGGAAAGGCUCUCUGGGACCAGUUGCGCCAGGGUUUGGAUACGCCUCAGCCCCGUACAGUGCUCCUCAGUGGGCAGGACCCACAGGCGCAUGCCAGGUCAGCAUGCUUAACCCCACACAGCCACUAACACAGUACCAGACCCCCACGACAGCCUCAGUGUCCCUGCACCAAGGCUACCACAUGGGAACCACAUCAGCCCCCCAGAACAGUGCCGGAGGGUCCAACCUGAGGCCUACGUAGCCCCGCGGAGCCCUGGUCCCGUCUGAGACAGAGGGCCACAACAGGCAGUCGGUCGUUGAACGAAAACCACUAGCUCUCUUUGCUGGUUAGCUGGCUGGGUAUUGUGCUUUUUAUUUCAACUUUUAUUAUUACAUUUUUCUUUUCUUGUGAUAAAGUUGACCUGUGUGGUUCAAGUCCAGCUGGGCAGAACGAAAUCUGCCCAGCAUUAUGGAGGGAGAGUGCAAUACAUAUCCACAGCACAAAAGUCUCACACUUAGCCGCCCAUCUGCUGUGGAACCGAGCUGUGACGGUCGGUCGGUUGGUCGCGUCUGGUGACGUAACGAUCCAGAGGCGAAACCAACAGCAGCCAAAGAUGUCUAUUGAGAGCAGACGUAAUGUUGUCAUUCCUUUGAGGAGGAGGAGGUCGGAGGGAGUCUGGUUCACAUCCUUACUGGUCAUGACUUUAAACUGGGAUUGAAGACAUAAAACACCAUAAACACACAUUAAUCUGGUUGGGAUGUUUGGUUAAGUUGUCUCAGAGAGCGAGGGGGGAGUGUACAGAAAGUUGGAGACAGGAUUUGGACAGUUUGUCGCAGAUGGAAUAGCAAAGUGGUUGUGUUGGGAGAAGAAAGACAUAGUAAGUUAGGCAGGAGUGUGACGGAUACCAUAUUAAAACAUCCCAGUGGCUACCUAUUGAGUAAAUGCAAUAACGGCAAAGAAUAGAAAAACUGUCCCUUGUAACUGUGGCCUUAAUCCCCGAACACGUUUAAACAUCGACAUUGUACAUAGAUAUUUCUCCACUGGGUUACGAUUCCAUGUCUAUCAUAUUUAUGUCCCUGUAGGAGUCUGGUGACGUCGUGUUUUGAGUUUUCCAUCCACACAGAUUUAUUAUACUGAUUUAUUCUUCACGUCUGAUUUGUAAGUCAGUGGAUCUGCCACGAUAAAAAGCAUUGUCCUGGUGUUGACCACCAUUCGCAGUGUGAAACUUAUGAGGUGAUGCUGCUGUAAAUCACAGUCUGUUUGAGGGUGUUAGCAGGGUUGUUGGGUUUUUUUCUAUUAUUUUUUUAACGUAAGGAUGAAAAAAGUACUUCACUUGCUAUGAUGUGAGCAGUUCAGAACGCACUUAUCAUAUGGAAGAAAUAAUUUGGUUUAGUAUUCGUGGAAGGUUUUCUCUAAAUUGUCAACACACAGAUGAACAGGCUGUCGGUGAUUAAAAUCUCUCUGCUCGUAACAUUUAGCCGUCACCUCUCAAAAAAAAUCACAAGUGUCUGGGGUUCUCUCUUCCUGUGGUCUGUUUUUGUAUGCGUAUAUUUAAUAAAAACAAAUGUUCUUUAUGGACCUGUAUUCAGCCAUCAGAUUUUGAUGUUGUUUCACUGUAAUUAUUAUUAAAAGGUUGUUAAACAACAUGUAGUUAAAGGAAUAUAAAAAAGUGCAAUUGCAGGGUUGUUGUUGUUGGUAUCACCACGCUGGAGUGAUCCUGUGGUUUAUUAAGCUCUUCUCUCUAUGACUGCCCUGCCCACCCCCCUUUUUUCUAUUUUAUUGUACAUAUGUUAAUGUGAGUUAAAUGCGUGAUGCUCAGUCACUAGAGCAUGCUUGCGGUGACCCACUCUACAUGCACAUGCACUCUGACCCGUAAACACGAGGAACACUUUAGUGCCUUGCAUCCUCACUAAUGACAAGUUCCAGAUUCAUCUAGUCCUGUAGCUGUGACUGUGCUGCAGAAAACCAGUAAACUCAACCUGUACAUGACGUAAACACACGGCAGGUGACUGUCACACACACACACACGCACGCACACAGGAUGUAACUGAAACAUCAGACGAGACGCCGCACAGGGCUGCAGAACAAAGAGCACACUGAGUAAUGUGGAAACGUUUCAGUUCUCUCUACAGUUCCAUUUGUGUUUGUUGUGUAAUCAGCUGUUUUUAUAUUUGGCUCAUGCGUACAUGGAUUUGGCUGUUUUUGUGGAUUUAUCAUUUUCAUAGACGCACUUGUUCAGGCAGCAAGCGAGCUGUAUAAAAGGUUUAAAAGUUGUCACGCUGGCUCAACUUUUGUCUCACCACCUCACACGAGUGCCAUGCCGUCAUCGUGACUCUUUCGCCUGCUCGUAGAUUGGAUGAAUAGUUAAACUUCUCUAGAGAAAAAAUAAGUUACUGCAAUGCAGAAUAUGCAAUGUUAAAAGUUUUAAAGGGACUGAGGGGUAAUGGAAACAUUUGCAUGCUGAUGAGGGUUGUUACUGACUUCAAUGUUUUUGAUAUUGGAAUAUUAGAGAUCUUUUUUAUUAUUAUUAUUGUUAUUCUUUGCCUUCCUGAGUGAUCACAAAGUGUUGAUCUGUCGCCAUUCACCAAUAUCACAGGCACAACUUCAAUAUCAAACUAUCAGCGUAUGAUUUCUGCAUGCCGGCUUCACUGGUGUUUAAUCUUACAACCAAUUCACAACUGGCUACUGUACAGCACAAGCUCACAGCAAAGCUUUUAAAGUCCAUGUGCUACCAUCAGUAAUUAUCACAGACCUCCGCAGAUCUGUUUGAGGCUACUGACACGCAGUUAAUAUCUGUUGAGCUCUUAUUUCUGAUCCUCCUUACUGACCUCCUGUGAUUCAGUGUCUGUUUUGUGUAUGUUUUUCACAUUGUACAAAAUGUAAAAACAAAUAAAAAUAAUAUCAAUUAAA